AUGUCAUCUCCAAUGUCUCACCCGAUCACACUGCCUCAUUCAUCCUCUUCACCGUCACCAACAUCAAUCUCACUACAUCUCGCUCGUGAAAAAGAUAUUGGAUGUUGGCAGAACCGGCGUGGAAAUUUGAAUAUUGACCUUCAGGUCACAUUUUGGGUGUCGAUGGGAAAGAAGCACACUUUCAGUUAUUCUCGAAAUCGAAAGCGAUUAGGCAAAAAGCAAAAGGCCAAAUUAAAAAUUAGAAAUCCAAUUAUUGAUUCCGCUUGGAAGUAUGGAUUAUCAGUGAAAUCAAAUUUUCAUCGUUUGGGUUUAGCAUACGAUGCAAAUGAAGUACUUGGCAUUCAUGAUGAUCAGAUUUCAACAGAUAAUAAUCAGUAUGCUGAUAAGGAUGCAGUGACACAAAGCACAAUACGACCAAAGAAAAAAACGAAUGUUGUGAAAGCUCUAGAAGAAUUAACCAAACAGAAAAAACAGAAACCUGUAUUUGUAUCCGGUGAUGAUCAAUUAUUUUGUAUAUACAAUUUAGAAAUGUAUGCUGAAAAUGAUUUUGAAUCUAUGAGUAGAGAUCCAAAAAAUGUUUAUCAAUUAACUGCAAAACAAAUUGAACGAUUAAUCAAUAAAUUUAAACAAACUACCGGUUUUCAAAAAUAUCUCAAAGAUAAGCAAUCAGGAGAGUUAGUAGUUGAUGAAUUGUUUAAUAAUGAAGAACUAAUGUAAAUUUAUCUAUUUUUGUAAAAAAAAGGAAAUAUAAU